AGUGAGAGACCUCGGUCAGUAGUUAUAAAAGAGCCUUCUUCUUCCUCUAGCCUCUCUCUCUCUCUCUUUGUGCUCCUACUAAACCCAAUGACUGCUGAGAUUCUAGUAGUGCCCAAAGAUGGCAAGGGCCACCUCUUCCCAUGCCUCGAGCUCUGCAACCACCUCAUUGCCCGAAAUUACCAUAUCACCCUCAUCCUCGAAUCUGAUCUCACCUCCUCCAUCCCCUCCUCUCUCCUCCAAUCUCCCCUCUUCAAACUCACCAACAUCUCCUCCUCCUCACCGCCGUCGCCUUUCCCCAGCCACCACAUGCUUCAGGGCCUCGAGGCGUUCUUGGCCCAGCCGCACCGGGAUCCGACCCGACCCGUUUUCGCCGUCAUAGACCACAUUAUGAGCAAGACGCAGGAGGUGUUUUGGAAGUUCGGGAUUCCCACGGUGGUCUUCAUCACCUCCGGGGCCGCCUGGGCCGCCAUCCAGCACGCCGUGUGGGUGGUCCGACCCGACGACAUGAAACCCGGCGAGGCCAGAGCCCUUCCCGGGUUACCCGAAAACAUGGUCAUUACGUACUCGGAUCUCAAACAACGGCGUCCUUGGAUUCCGUCACCGCCACCGCAUAAAACACCCUCCCACUCCGGCGGUCCUGGCGGAAUGAAGCCGCCGCGAGGACCGCCUCUCCCGGGCGAACCGGCGCCGUGGGUGGAGGAGGUGAAGAGCUCCUCCGCGAUACUGAUCAACACGUGUGACGAUCUCGAACGUCCAUUUCUGGACUACGUUUCCGACUUGACCGGAAAACCCGUUUGGGGAGUGGGUCCCUUACUGCCGGAGCAGUACUGGAAGUCGUUCGAGUCCCUGCUCCACGACCCGGAGAUCCGACCCAAGCGCGAAUCCAACUACACAGAGGACGAGAUCAUCCAAUGGCUCGAUUCCAAGCCACGUGGAUCCGUCGUCUACGUGUCAUUCGGCAGCGAGGUGAAUCCCACAAACGAGGAGUACCCGGAGCUGACCAAAGCACUGGAGGAGUCGACCCGGCCGUUCAUAUGGGUCAUCCAACGCAAGUCCGGAAAACCGGGUCCCGGUUCGGGGCGUCCGGGUCCGGGUGGUCCACCGGAAGAGAGCUAUUUUCCAAACGGGUUGGAUGCUAAAGUCGGAAAGAGAGGUCUAAUAAUUCACGGCUGGGCCCCACAGCUAUUGAUCCUCAGCCAUCAAUCGGCCGGCGGGUUUAUAUCUCACUGCGGGUGGAAUUCUACGCUGGAGGCAGUUGUACGUGGCGUGCCGCUAUUGGCGUGGCCAAUUAGGGGCGAUCAGUACUACAAUGCGAAGCUGGUGGUGAGCUAUCUCAAAGUAGGGAGCAUGGUGUCCGAGGGCUAUCCGGCUGAUAAGGUUACCAAGGACGACAUAAUGGUUGGCUUGGACAGGGUUUUGGAAGAUGAAGAGAUAAGGACACGAUCGGCGGCGAUCCGGGACAAGUUCGAGAAUGGCUAUCCGGCAAGCUCGGUGGCCUCACUGGAUGCUUUUUGUGAUUUUGUCAACAAAAAAUUUGUCAAGUAAUGCAUAUCUCUCCUUCGCGGAGGAUAUUUACAUGUACAGUUUGACAUUUCCUCUCAAAUAAUAAAGAUCAUUCUUAAGAGCAA